AUGAGUUCAUUUUUUCUAUUGUGUGUCUUGGCCUUGUCCUUCAUUGUGGGUAGUCAUGUUGCCCAUGCACAAGACUCACCAACCGACUACGUGAACGCCCACAACGCAGCAAGAUCUGUGGUCGGAGUGUCACAUAUAGUUUGGGACGACACUGUCGCUGCGUUUGCCCAGAGUUAUGCUAAUCAACGCAAGGAUUGUCAGCUGAUCCACUCCGGUGAUGAUGGCGGUUACGGGGAGAAUCUUUCAAUGAGCACCGGUGGCAUGAGCGGCACAGAUGCAGUGAAGUAUUGGGUUGAUGAAAAAUCCUACUAUGAUUAUAAUAGCAAUUCAUGUGCUGCUGGUAAGAUGUGUGGCCAUUAUACACAAGUUGUUUGGAAAAACACAGUGAGAAUUGGAUGUGCCAAAGUGAAAUGUGAAAAUGGAGGAACUUUUAUUACUUGCAAUUAUGAUCCUCCUGGCAACUAUAUUGGCGAGAGGCCAUAUUAA